AUGGCUUCCGAAGAGACUGGAGUCACCGCCCCCGGUGCCCAAGACGCGGCCAACGCUGGCCUCGUGUCCGAGUCCAAGGGUAAGGGCAAGGGCCCCGCCCAGGAUACUCACGACACUGAGAUGGACGAGGAUGAUGAGGAUGACACCGAAGCCGACGAGGCCGAGCAAGUAGCUGAGGAGGUCGAGGACGACGGCAUGGAAGAGAUUGACACUAGCAAUGUCCUCCCCAAGCGCACGCGUGGCCUCAAAAUCGACUAUGCCAAGGCGGCCGCGGAGCAGAACCUCAGCGUCGAUGACGACGAGGAAGACGAUGACGAUGACUUUAACGACCCGGAUGCCGAGGAUGACAGGAUGGACGAGGACUGA